AUGUUCCAUGUCCUCGACGAGGAUUAUUUUGUCAGCUCCGCCGUUGUGGCUCCGAGAAAUGUCCAGGAUGUACAAGCCAUCAUGAGACUUUGCAAUGAUUUCGAAAUCCCGCUGUGGCCGUUUUCCGUUGGCAGGAAUGUUGGCUACGGCGGGGCAGCUCCCAGAGUGCCAGGAAGCGUUGGGCUCGACAUGGGAAAGAACAUGGCUCGCAUUCUUGAGGUCAAUGUUGACGGCGCAUAUGCCCUGGUCGAGCCCGGUGUCACCUUUCAAGAUCUUCACGAAUUCUUAGUCAAGGAGAACCUGCGUGACAGGCUGUGGGUGGAUGUCCCGGAUCUGGGUGGCGGGUCGGUUUUGGGAAACGCGAUAGAGAGGGGAGUUGGUUAUACGCCAUAUGGUGAUCAUUGGAUGAUGCAUUGCGGCCUCGAAGUAGUUCUGCCGGAUGGAACCCUCGUACGCACCGGGAUGGGCGCCCUGCCCAACCCAGCUGCCGAUCCUGGGCUCCCGCCUCACGAACAGCAAAGUAACCCGGCGUGGCAACUGUUCAACUAUGGAUUCGGCCCAUACAACGAUGGGAUAUUUACGCAGUCCUCUCUCGUAGGAGUUGUCGUCAAAAUGGGUAUAUGGCUCAUGACAAACCCCGGCGGAUACCAAUCCUACCUGAUCACGAUCCCUCAUGACGAAAGUCUCCACCAGGCCGUUGAGAUCAUCCGACCAUUGAGGGUUGGUAUGGUGUUGCAGAAUGUGCCUACGAUACGCCAUGUUUUGUUGGAUGCUGCAGUCAUGGGGACCCGCAAGAAAUAUUCCAAUUCAGAAAAGCCGCUCACUGACAAAGAAAUCGACGGUAUCGCUGCCGAGCUCGGUCUCGGCCGCUGGAACUUCUACGGUGCCCUUUACGGACCGCCGCCCGUCCGAGAAGCCAUGUGGAGUGUUAUCAAGUCAUCGUUCUCUCAGAUACCGGGAGCCAAAUUCUACUUUCCCGAAGAUAUGCCCCAGAACAAGGUCCUUCAAAUUCGGGACAAGACUCUUCAGGGCAUUCCUAGCAUGGAUGAACUAAAAUGGGUCGACUGGCUACCGAAUGGAGCACACUUGUUCUUCAGCCCAAUUGCCAAGGUCAGCGGAGACGAUGCGGUUGCCCAAUAUCAGUUGACCCGUCGAAGAAGCGAGGAGUUCGGAUUCGAUUUCAUUGGGACCUUCGUGAUUGGCAUGCGUGAGAUGCAUCAUAUCGUCUGCAUUGUGUUUAAUCGCAAAGACCAUGAUCAACGGCAAAAGGCACAUCGGCUCAUCCACACCCUAAUUGAAGAUGCGGCAAAACGAGGUUGGGGUGAGUAUCGGACGCAUCUGGCGCUGAUGGAUCAAAUCGCUGGCACGUACAACUUCAACAACAAUUCCCUGAUGAAGUUGAACGAGACCAUAAAAAACGCGUUGGAUCCGAAAGGAAUCCUGGCUCCGGGGAAGAAUGGCAUUUGGCCAAAUUCCUACGAUAAAGAGUCCUGGAAAAUAGACAUUCCAUAG